UAAGUUCAUACGGGCGGAUAUAACUAUGAUUAAGCAAGUAGAGUAGAAGCUCAGUGACAGUUUUCUUGGGUGCAGGCCAGUGGCAGCGCAAAUAUUAACUCAAAAUUAAUGCUAGCAAGAACAUGCUAGCAAGCUAGUUGUCAUUAGCUUUAAAGCAUGAAUGUUAAAGUUGUAUGUUUUAGUCUUUUUUGAUUUUAGGGUCCAGGUUAGAAUUGGGAUUAGGUUAGGUAAAGGUUGUGGUCAGGCAUUUAGUUUUGAAUAAAAUAGGAUAGCUGUAUUUGUCAUUGGACAUUGCACAUCGACAUUUAAAAUGCAGUCCUUCUGUGCGUAAAUUAUAAAACAGAUGCAGUAGUUUUAAAAACCUAAAAGACUGUAUAAGUAAAUAUAAAUACUGAUCUGAGGGUUGGGGGAAGGGGAUAGGGAAUGCAUAAUGUCAGAGAGCGUACUCACAAAGAUAGAAGUAAAAGUGUGCGUGUGGAGCUUGUUAAGUGGAUUUUUAACUGUCCUGGGUGGGUUGGUGUUUGUUCAGGCAUCAUAAUGUAACGCGCCACCAUCAGUUAGUUCCCGUUGUUGUUGUCAGUUUAAUAGGUAUACCAAGGAAAUAAGAAAGUUAGACAAUUGCGAUUGCACUGGUUUCCAGUUAAAUAUAGCAUUGGAUUUAAGGCCUUACUUACUGUCUACAUGUCUCUCAAAGUUCUGGGCCCAAAUAUAUAAGGGCUAUGUUUGCCAAGUACAAACCUGGCGAUUCAGAGCUGCAGCGACUGGUCAGGUUUGUGCAACAAUAGCAUCAGCUGCAGCAAUGGCUGCUAUCUACUCAGGUAUCCAUCUGAAACUGAAGAGCCCUCAGACUCCAUGGGUGGACAAACUGAAGCUGGCACGUUUUGCAUGGGUCUCCUCUCAAUGCCUGCUGCCCAACAAGGAACAGGUGCUGUUAGACUGGUGUACCCACGCUCUGACGGGCUGGUACAGUCAGAAGGUGGAGUUUUCUCAUAAUGUUUUGGAAGGCCUGUGGUGUUAUAUUGAUGAGCUUCUUCACAGCCGGAAGCUCCACUCACUUCUCAAGCAGGGCAGGAGCAUCAGCCUGAGGCUCAGCUUGGCACAGCUGCUGCUUGACUGUCUCCAGGAGUGUGCAGGUGGUGGCUUGAAGUCGCCGGUGUGUGUGUCUACCAUACUGAGCGUGUGUCAGGGGGUUCUCUCGUCUCCUGUGCUCUCAUCUGUCUUCACCACCAAAUAUGAACUCAUGGUUGAUCUGCUUACCAAGCUCUGCUCACUGGCCUGUCGUGAGCUUCAGCAGCCAGUGCUCGAAGACCCUCUCAUUACUGAGUCUGUCACGUGUCAAGAUGAGGUGACAGUUGAGUGUCUUCAACUCGAACCUGCUGCCAGUGUGGACACCUUGGACACUCUCUCAGAUCAUUCGGAGUUAGAUACUGAUAAAACCUCUACUGAGCUAAAGAAAAACCAUCAUUCAUCAAAUUUGUUUGAGGUGUUGCUUCAGGUGUUGUCAUGUUAUUUGUCAGUUCAGCGACAACAAGGCAACCCUAACAGAGUCUUCACCAUGGUAACCAACCACCUGAUCCAGCCGCUAGUACUGCUUAGACACCUGCUGACCUCUGGGGAGUUUGCACAGCCUCACACACAUCUCUGUCUCCGUCAGCAACUGUGCAGAGACAUCCGUGUCAAGAUAGACUCCAUCCUUCAGUUAGCUCUCUUUCCACCUGAGCACCUGACCUCCUACAAGGAGGAGCUCCUUUCAUCCAAAGAGGAUUCUGGGAAACGUGGUCCUGGAGGGACAAAAGGCCCCUUGAAACCAGUCGCUGCCGUACUUUCCAAACUGAGUGCUGAGGGCUAUUGUGAGCUGCCUCUACACUACUCUGUGAAGUCGCACACAUUGUCUCUCUUGUUCAAACUUUUUCUGGAAAGCAAUGGAAAGGGAAGAGGAGAAAGUGAGGAAGAGCAGAGGAUGCUGCGUUUUUAUUUUCUCGUCAGAUUGGUCCUGGCUUUGGAUCUGGGUCUUGAUGGACACUCACUUUCACCUGUCAAAGUAGAGCAGCCUGCGUCUGUGUCUCCCCCACCCUCCCUCUGUUCCCCACAGAGCUGGAGCCUGGCCCUGCUGGCUGUGGAGUCCCUGCUGAGCCAGGCUCUGACAGCUGACAUUUAUAAUGUGGCAGCGGACAGGAUACGACACAGAGAGGUCCAGCUGAACUUUUACAGAGCACUGGGACAAAUGCUUUUCAACCAGGCCCAGCCAAGCAUCCCAGCAUGGUAUCGCUGUUUGAAAGUGCUGUUGAGCCUCAACCAUCUGAUUCUUGAACCAGACCUGGACCAGCUGUUAUCCUUAGCCUGGGUUAAUUCUGAUUGCAUGGAAGCACGAGUGCAACGAGCCAGACAGCGCUUGUUGUGCAGUCUCCUCCAGACAUACACUAAACUCCGUCAGCUCCCCCGCCUCUUCUCUGAGCUCCUGUCUGUGAUCUGUCAGCCAGCUUUGGACGAACUCCGACCUCCUCUGUUGUCUGAGGGGGUCUCCGCCUCCCUCAGGACUUGUCUCCUGGACACACCUCCAUCCCAGGGCUUAGAGAUCUGCUCAUUAGUGUUGGAAAGCAUGAGGAGAUAUAUUCUUCCUGACCUGGUAAAGGAAGAAAGAGAGGAAAUGGAGAUUGAUGGAGGAGAAGAUAAUAAAGGAGAAAAAGGGGGAAUUAAGGUGGACCAGGAGAGAGGAGAUGCAUCUCUGAAGCUCUUCUCUCACAGCCAGCUUCUUCAUGCAGUUUUAUUCAAUAUAAAGACUCUAGAUAAUGCAUCUCCUCUUCCUCUAGUCAGGCAGAGUCAAGGCCUGAUGAAGCAGAUGCAGCAAUUAGUCACGGAGCUGUUACAGCUGUUGUCAAGACAAAAGGAGGCUGUAAAAACAAAUACAAGUCCAGUUCAAAAGAUCCCAAAGAAGGGCAAAAAGACACUGGACCGCAGAGAGUCCGAGAAGCCGUCAGAGUCUAAAAUGGGACUGUUGUGGGAACAGAAGACCCAGGAGGUUGCUCUUCUUCUCAGGUACACCUGGGUGGAAGUAGACAUGUGUUUUGACAUCAACUGUAGUAAAUACACAUCUCUGGAUUCAGCCCAGAUGGCAGCAACAAGUGAGAGUGAGGACCAAGCUCCUCCUAAUGCUCCAGUACUAACCAACAUAGAGAGUCUUGUAUCUGGUGACAUUUUUCCAGCACGUCUCCAUCCCUCCCCAUCCUGCAGCCCCAUGAGCUGGUUGCUGCUCAAACUCCUCACUCUACAACAGAUGAAGAAAGUUUUGUUAGGUAGCACCUUGCUCAGUGAAUCUAGCACUGCAGAGCGACUAAACAGAGCAGUGCAGUUCAUUUUAGCAAAGUCAGAGCUUGAUGUGGGUCUGGACGGAGAGCAGGUGUGGGACGGGCAGAUAGACAAUGUGAAUAACAGCUCAUACUUUGUAGCACAUUGGUAUCUUGUCGCAUCCAAUUUGCCUUUGAUUGCUCCCUACCUGAGCAGAAAUGACAUGGGCUGGAUAGGAACUGUUCUCGUCAGUUCACUCCUCAGCCGACAGACAGAUAAAGGGAAGGGCCAGCUGCCCAGCUGUCUGACUGUCUCCCUCAUAUCUUCACAGCUUUUCCAAAGUCCAGUUCUUGCUGAGUUGCCUUCACUUUUCUCUGCCACAGUUUGUUCCCUCACACAACGGAUUAAUGGUGUUCUUGUGGCAGCACAUGCACCCAAGGUUUGUUCCAUGCUCCUGAGGUUUCAGAAGGAAGGGCCUGAAGCUGGUCAGCCUCUACUCACACUGGAGGGAAAAGAGACCAUAGUUGAGGAUAUACUGGCAUCCUCCAAGACUGGAGAGGUGUUUGUGGUGCUAACUGACACACAGACCAAGGAGCUAGUGAAUUUACUCGAAAUCUUAAGAAACCUAAACCCCGAUGCGAUGAGUGCAGAGGAUCUCUCUUCCAUUUUCUUCCUCCUCUUCUUCAUGCUCACAUCCACCUCCAGUCAGUCAGACCGGGUGGUUGUGGAUCAUCCCGACUCAGGAGAUGAUGUUGUAUUCCUGGUGAAGCUGCUCAGGAUUCUGACUGGUCUCCUGGAGGGCCAAAACUUCCCAAGUGUUUUGAAGCUCAUUCACGGUGGCGCUCUGCUGCAGGCUGCUGUGUCUUCUCUCCUCUGGCAUAGCAACAGUGGAAGAUUUCAAGCCAUGCACAACCACAAUUGGUUGGAUUUAAUCAAAGCAGUGCAGGACUUCAUCAGGAAUUCACUCCAGCUGAUUAUAAUUAGGAACAGCAGUGUUCGACUCAACCUGAACCAGUUUGGCUCCUUUCUUGCCAAUAAGGAAAUAGAAAGCAGAUCUGGAAGUAAACCAGAUGCAGGAGUGUCCAUUUUGUCUGUUCACCUUGUGCUGGCAUCGUUGACUUCUUUCUCGCAGGCGAUGAUAUCUAAUCUGGGAAGGAGUAAACCUAUGAAUCAAACCUUGACCCAGAUGCUCACAAGAAUGACUGCUUCACUGGGACCAGCUGUUGAGUCUGUCCUAAAGUCCCAGACUCUCAAUGAGGCAGUCAUCCAGCCAGCCAUCUUUGGUCAAGAUUUUGUGGUAGAAGUUGUUACUGUCCUGCUGCACAGUGAACUGUCUUCACUGUCAGUGGAGGCUGAGACCACGCUCACCUUGAGCCACAUGACCCUCUAUCAGGGCGUCUGCCAGCAGAUCCUCCGAGAAAUAAGCUCUGCUGCGAGGCCUGUGGACUUCCUGGUGUCCUCUCUCCAUUUCCUUUCUGUUUUCUACAAAGCAGUGGAGAGGACAAGAGCGGAGAGAGAGACUGAGCCAGGAGGGGAGCUACAUGAGCUGUACAUGCAGAUACUGCAAAGUGUGCACAGACUGCUGACAGCUCCUUGGCUGUCUCCCAGUGAUGUUGGUGAGUUGGAGUCAGCUGUGCAGGAGCUGCUACGCCACCUGGUGGAGAAAAGUACUACUGGUCAGUUCAACUUGUUGCUGCUGAUGAUCAGAGAAGGACUGGACACAGUCAAGCUGAGGGCUGGAAACUACAGGGAGGUGGUGUCUGCAGUAACCAUCACCAAGCUGCUGUCCUGUUGUCAGUUACCCGAGCCCUGUUCUAAAGCUCUGUGGCUCAUUGCACCACAGAUUAUAUCUGCUAUGGUGUUUUUGGUAAGAUCGUGCCAUCAGGACGCCUCUCUGACCCUUCCCUUUACCGUCCCUGUAUUGGUGUCACUCACGUCACUGCUGCGCCAGGGGGAGGGUCUCCUCACCGACCCUCAUCAUGUGAUCUUGGUCCUUGGAGCGUUGCAGGCAGUGCCGCUCGACCACUUGACCCCACUCGUCUACCAAGCAACUUUCCUGGCUGUUCACGAGGUGCUGUUUGCCAUCAUCCAGUGUCAUCCUGAGGUGGUGCUGAAGGCAGCUCCAUCAUUUUUAAACAUCUUCUACCGUCUGGUGGCGUCCAUCAUGCAGGAGGGUCGGCAGAGAGGAGGCACUGACACAGGUGCAGACAGUGACGUGUAUCUGCAGUGCUCCAGACUGAUGGAGAGGAUGUACUCUCACAUUGCUGCUACAGCUGAGAGCUUCACCCGACUGUCAGCCUUCAUGGUGGCUCAGUACGUCACAGAGCUGCAGAAGGUUACACUGCGACCAGACAUUAAGCUGCAUCUAACUGAGGGGAUCUAUCAGAUUCUGGACCUGUGCGUGGAGCAGGAUAUCAAGUUUCUGAUGGAAAGGCUGCACUCAGGAGUCAGAGAAGUCUUCAACGAGCUGUACAGCAGCUACAUCCACUACCACAAAGCACAGAGGCAAGGAGAGGACAAGUACACUGUUUGAACGGACACACAACCCCCAGCUUGGGUUCCCACUUACCUUCAGAUCAAGCUGAAUUAGUUAAGUGUAUUGCAAAUCACUUGCUUCAAAAUGGCCCAAGGAGGGUUGUAACCAGACCCAGAGGCAUUAAGAACAAAUUGCACUGCCUGAUAUAGCUGUUUAUUAUUUAUUGUCUGCAAAAUGGUAGAGAAACUCAAAGCUACCUACAGGUGGAUUAUUUUGGUUACACCCUGUACCAUAAUCUUGCAGUACACAGAGGCAUUGUGUAUUGUGAGUUUAGUUUAUUCAUUUAUUUAACAGGUGCCGUGUGUCUUACAUUUCUGUCAGUAUGCCAAGAAGGCUAAUUUUCAGCUGUAGCCUCUGAUUGCAUAAAGAUAAAAUACAAAUUGCAGUAAAAUAUCAAACACAGUGUGGAACACCAAACCAAAAAAACAAAACAAAACAAAUGUACAGUAAUAGUGCAGGAGCACAUCUGUGAAGUUAAAGGGUUUCUCAUCAGAAUCACCUCACACUGCAGCCAUGACAAUUGUGUAAAGAUUCUAAGAAACUGUCAUCAUUUUAUUGAAUUGCUGAAGAGAAUAAGGAUAUACAGUAUUUGUGAAUUGUACAUUAUCUUUUUUAUAUCAUUUUUAUCAAAACAAUGAUGCAACUCAUAAAUUUCAGUAUAAUG